AUGGAUGUUUACGGCAACACAGGAUCGGGAAACAUUAAUGUACCCGGAAUGCUCAAAAGUAAUUGCUAUCUUCUAUUCGGCGGAUUUGUGAUGAUCUUCACGUACGUGUUUCACACACCAAGAAUGAUUUUUUUACAAAAUAUAAUGGUCGUAUCAUCAAAUAUUCCGGCUGAAUCUUUUAACAGAAUUGCGAAAUUUGUGCAUGCUAAGGAUCUUCUGGGUUUUAUUUUUCUGAUAGUCCAUUUACCUAAUGCGUAUGCCCCUGAAAUUCACACAAGCCUGAGAGUAAUGACAUAUUUGUACAUAACAAUGGUUGUGUAUUUGGCGGACAUGCAAUACAUUAAUUGCGUUUUUGUCAUCAAAAUUUGUUUCGAAAGCGUUGAUAAAACGCUGAAAAGUUUAGAAAAAACGAUGGUGAAUGAAGAACCUCACCUUUUGAGAAGAAACUAUCAUGAACAGAACAAUGAAUUGCUUUUGAUGAAACUUCGAAAUCUUCAGAAACAUCAUCAUCAAGUUAGCGAUGUUUUGAAAAAGCUGAAUUCGACAUAUGGUUUGCAUGCUGUUGCUACAGUGAUAAUGACUUUUUCAGAAAUUACAUUCAUUCUUUACUUCUUUAUUUUGAAACUCUUGGAUCAACAUUCUAAUGUUCAGGAGCAGAUUUGGGAUUUCAAUCUUCUUCUUACGAUGAUGUUCUACAUUUUGAAGCUUAUUUUGAUUGUGUGGGUUUGCGAAAAAGGUAAAACACAAGCAAAGCAAAUUGGAAGCACUGUUCAUGAUGUUCUUCUGAAUACAUUCGACUUAAAAAUAAAAGAAGAGCUUCAUUUAUUUUCCUUACAACUUUUGCACCGUAAGAAUGUGUUCUAUGCUCGAGGGCUUGCCAUUGACUCUUCGCUCUUAAAUGAGAUUGCAGGUGCAAUAACCAUGUAUUUACUGAUUCUGAUUCAGUUUCACUUGUCAGCAGCUUCGUGCAAGACGUAA